CAGGUGGAAAUGACCAUGCAGGACCUGGACCUGCAGAAGAUUGCAGGGUUCUGGCGGGAAGUUGGGGUGGCCUCCAGCCCAAACCUGGCACUGCAGACCCCAAAGAGGCUGGAGGCCUUGUUCCUGACCUUGAGUGGGGAGGAGCUGACUGUGAAGGCUGUGUAUAACAGUUCAGGAAGCUGUGAGGCUGAACAAAUAGUGAGCUCAGAAAUAAAUGUUUCGGGGAAAUUUGUUUUCCCAGGCCACAGGGAGAUCCAGGUGAUAGACACGGACUACGAACAGUACGCCAUCCUGAGGGUGUCCCUCCACUGGCGGGACAAGGAAUUCCACGUGCUCAAGUAUUUCAUUCGGGGCCUUGAGGGCGAGUAUGAACCAGGCUUCUGGAAGUUCCGGGAGUUGACCACAGACACGGGACUGUAG